ACUAGGCUUUGCGAAGAUGAACAGACAAGAUUACUGUUUGGAAUAAUUACUGUCUCACAUUUUGGUACGAAACGUGAAGAAAAAAAUAACAAAAAACCCUCAUUUACAAUUUUAUACCCAUUUACAUUCUAUUUAUCGAGUUUGUAAUCACUAAGGCGCAUAGCCUAUCUAGUAGCAUUUAUAAAUUUGUAUAUUGUUUUAAUUAAAUGAUACAGUUAAAAAUAAUAAUAAUUCAGAUAUCUAAAGAGACAAAAAGUUGAUGCACUUGGAUAAUUCAAGACAUUCUAUUGUCCGUAGAAAUGACUGCGAUUAAUUUGCCCCUCUGUGAAAACCCUGGAGUGUGUCGCCCCCUAGCGAGUGCAGUAAGAUGAUCUUCUCCAUUGUGUGACUGGCGUCCUGUGAUUCCGCAGCGACCGGAGGUUUUAUGGACAUUCCUUUGAAGAAGACAUUUUCUGACGUCGAUUUAAUGGAUUCCUAAACAAGACCCGAAUCUAUGGCUCCGUUUACACCUGCUGAACACAACUUAAGCAACAAUGUGGAUACUGAAGACACAUCUCCUUUUGGGGGUUGUCCUCUUUGGAAUAUUGCAAAAUGUGGCGUGUGAAUUGCAUCAUCCUUUCAUCGUUUCGGACACAUACGAGUUCGUGUUAGAGCUGCACUCCGUGUUUAACAUCAGCUGCACAGGGAAGAAGGACGUCAUCUGGGAAGAGCCACUACCAGUCAACACACACGUGCUGCCCGGGUAUUACAUGACCACACUGCUGAUUGACGGUGCCGAGGCUAGUCACACCAGAGCGUACACGUGCGUUUACCAGAGCCCAGAUGCAGAGCAGGCAAACACGGACGACAUAGCCAGCAUCUACAUUUUUGUCCCAGACCCUCAAGUUCCAUUCGUUCCUGGGGAUCUGACGGAGGUCUCCCAGUAUAACAUUCCUUGCCGCGUUACAGAUCCCAAAUCUGUUGUGAUUCUACGGAGUCUACCAAGUGGAGAUGAGCUCACAUAUCACUAUGAACAGAAGUAUGGAUUUGUUGGCUACUUUCCUCUUGGCGAGUACGUGUGUGAGACCGUUGUGAAUGGUGCAACGGUCUCUAGCGUGGUGUACACAGUGAAGGACAUAUCAAAUAUGUUUAAUGUGCCGGAGAAGGAUUUCAGUGUGGACCUGACAGCCAGUCAGGAGGAAAUAAAAGUGGGAGAAGCUUUUAACCUGACCUGCAUGGUUCCACCUGGCGCUCUCUAUGUCCAGGAGUGGUUGCAUCUCAGUAAAGAGGCUGUAGGUGCUAUUCAGAAGAAGGAGACCUACCCUGAUAAGGUUUUAUAUAUCCUUAGUAUCCCACAUGCCUCAACGAAUGACACUGGCUUCUACGAAUGCUCAGUCACAGAGCAGUCCAGCGGCAAGACCCACUCCUCCCAAGUAUCCAUCAUUGUCCAUGAGGGUUCUUUUGUUAUUCUGGAUCACAGUGGGAUUGGAACAAUAGAAACCAUCUCUUUCGUGGAGAAGGCUGAAUUCACCAUUUACAUUCAUUCUGAUGGUGUUCCCAAGGUCACGUGGUUCAAAGAUGACCAUGUAUUGAAUAGUAAUUAUAUAAUAACAACCAAGACCACUCUUCUAGGAGACAGAAGGUACGAGAGUGUUUUAAUUCUGCGACACCCUGUAGAAGAUGACAGUGGAACAUAUAAGAUUACAGCGUCAGUCGGCUCACAGAGAAAAGAGUUUUCCUUCAAACUCUAUGUUGAAGCUGGUGAGCCCCAGAUAACACAGCCCAUGCUUGCUCCGGUAAUCUGGCCCAGGAACAAGACCAUGGUGGUGUUCCUUCACUCCAUGUUUAGACUGACAUGUCGCGGCCAAGCAGAAGUGUUCUGGAAAGGUCCCGUCUCCCUUGACAAGCAGAAGUCAGAUGACAAGAGAGGCCUGUUCGUUUCCACGGUGACUGUGGACAGUGCUACUGCAACACACACCGGAGAAUACACCUGUUUGUACAAGAAUGAGAAUCAGACUGACAAGAGCAGCAUCUACAUCUUUGUGCCAGAUCCGGACAUGCUGUUUGUGCCCCUGCCGCCCUAUGGGCACCAUGUGCUAAAGAGCCCAGAUGAGAUGGAGAUUCCAUGCCGCGUGUCUGAUCCGAAUGCUCGUGUGACGCUGUUCCAUGUGGAGACUCAGCAGGUUGUGUCCACCAACUAUGACAGCAAGAAGGGUUUUCUAGGCAACUUCACACCUGGGACAUAUGUGUGUCAGGCCAUUGUGGAUGGAGAAGAGCAUGAGAGUGACGAGUACAUUGUCCAUGGCUGGACAGUGGGCUCAGGGCUGCACGUAGAGCUGAAGGCAGAGAAGAAGGCUCUGCUGGUUGGGGAUACCCUCAUUGUAAACUGUGUAGCCAAUGGCAGUGACUUGCUAGAUCAACAAUGGAAGUAUCCUGGAAAAAUGGCGGAUCGUGGUAAGACGACACUAAAGGAGAACAAAAAAGAUCAGGAGAUCUAUUACACCCUGACUGUGCCCGAUGCUAAAACUAAAGACAGUGGAACUUAUGCCUGUUCCAUCAGUGACAUUAUGAGCAAUGAGAGCCAAAUCAAAGAGCUCACCAUUACUGUCUAUGAGAGGGAGUUUGUAUCUCUAGAUCCAAUGUUUGGCCAUGUGGAGACAGCCAAACUGAACGAUGUUCAGGAGUUCAAGGUGGACAUUGAGGCUUUUCCUGAACCUAAGGUCACGUGGUGGAAGGAUGGCGUCGUAUUGGGUGAUAUUGCUGCAGAGUUUACUACCUCCCUUCAGACGAUCAACGAGACAAGGUACCAGAGCACUCUCACUCUGAUUAGAGCUAAGGCUGAGGACAGUGGCAAUUACACGGUGCAAGCUGUGAUAGGCAACCAGGCUGCAAGCUACUCGUUCAACCUUCAGGUCAAAGUUCCUGCUAUAAUCGUGGACCUGCUGGACCUGCACCAUGGCUCAGAAACAGGCCAGGCUGUGGUGUGUAUUGCCAGAGGAUCUCCCGUCCCUGAGGUGGAGUGGUACAUCUGUAAAAACAUUAAACAGUGUUCCAAUGACUCAACCGAGUGGUCACCUCUUCAGACCAACACCACUGGCAUCACCAUUGAUGCACACAUAGACCAGGACAACCAGUUGGAGAGUCAGGUGAUCUUUGGACAUCUGGAGAACACGCUGGCUGUGCGCUGCCUGGCACGGAACGAGAUGGUCGCUGUGUCCCGUGAGAUCAAACUGGUGGCCAAUGGUCCGCACUCAGAGCUCACUGUGGCGGCUGCUGUUCUGGUGCUGUUGGUUAUUGUCAUCAUCUCACUCAUUGUGCUGGUCAUUAUCUGGAAACAGAAGCCACGUUAUGAGAUCAGGUGGCGGGUCAUUGAGUCAGUGAGUCCAGAUGGGCACGAGUAUAUCUAUGUGGAUCCCAUGCAGCUGCCCUACGACACACGCUGGGAAUUCCCACGUGAUGGCCUUGUCCUUGGCCGUAUUCUGGGCUCAGGGGCCUUUGGGAAGGUGGUGGAAGGCACUGCGUAUGGACUCAGUCGUUCUCAGCCAGUAAUGAAGGUCGCAGUGAAGAUGCUCAAACCAACGGCUCGCUCCAGUGAGAAACAAGCACUGAUGUCAGAGCUGAAGAUCAUGACUCACCUGGGCCCCCACCUCAACAUUGUCAACCUGCUCGGUGCAUGCACCAAAUCAGGUCCUAUCUACAUCAUUACCGAGUACUGUUUUUAUGGAGACCUGGUGAACUACCUGCAUAAGAACAGAGACAGCUUCCUGAGCCGACAGGCUGAGAAGGGCAAGAAGGAUCUGGACAUCUUUGGCAUCAAUCCAGCUGAUGAGAGCAGCAGAAGUUAUGUGAUCCUGUCGUUUGAGGAAAAAGGAGACUAUGUGGAUAUGAAGCAGGCAGACACAAUGCAGUAUGUCCCCAUGUUGGAGAGGAGCAACGCCUCCAAAUACUUCGACCUUCAGAGAGAUGACUAUGAUCACCCUCCCUCUCACAAACACAUCAACGAAAGUGAGGUAGAAAAGCUUCUCUCUGAUGACUCAGAGCGCUUGACCACAAUGGAUCUUCUUAGCUUCACCUAUCAAGUGGCCAGAGGGAUGGAGUUCCUGGCCUCCAAAAAUUGUGUUCACAGAGAUUUGGCAGCUCGAAAUGUUCUGCUGUCUCAGGGGAAGAUUGUGAAGAUCUGUGACUUUGGGCUGGCCAGGGACAUCAUGCACGACAACAACUAUGUAUCCAAAGGAAGUACCUUCCUGCCAGUAAAAUGGAUGGCCCCUGAGAGCAUCUUUGAUAACCUGUACACCACUCUGAGUGAUGUCUGGUCUUACGGCAUUUUAUUGUGGGAGAUCUUUUCUCUGGGCGGGACCCCUUAUCCUGGCAUGGUUGUGGACUCCAGCUUCUAUAACAAAAUCAAGAGUGGCUACAGGAUGGCCAAACCUGAACACGCUUCCAGUGAUGUUUAUGAGCUGAUGGUGAAGUGCUGGAACAAUGAGCCAGAUAAGAGACCCUCUUUCCACAGUCUGAGUGAGAGUGUGGCCACCCUGCUGCCCUGCGGAUACAAGAGGAGCUAUGAGCGUGUAAAUAACGACUUCCUGAAGAGCGACCACCCGGCGGUGACCCGUGUGCAGUGUGUGCAGAGCGAUGAGACCUAUUUGGGUGUGGCCUAUAAGAACCAGUGCAAGAUGAGAGAGCGUGAAAGCGGCUUCGAGGAGCAGAGACUGAGCUCAGACAGUGGCUACAUCAUCCCUCUGCCUGACCUUGAACCCCUUUCCGACGAAGAAUACACCAAAAGGAACCGUCACAGCUCUCAGACAUCUGAGGAGAGCGCUAUAGAGACCGGCUCGAGCAGCUCCACCCUGCCCAAGCGGGAGGGAGAGACCCUGGAGGACAUUACGCUGCUGGAUGAGAUGUGCCUGGACUCGGGAGAUCUGGUGGAGGACAGCUUCCUGUGAGAGAUGGAAAGAGAAAAAGAGAGGAUGAGAGAGACCCUGUUUAGCAAUUCAUCCGAAAGGGAGGAGGAGGAGAGAAGGGCUAAAAUGCAAGCAUCAAUACAAGAACUCUUCAGAAUAGCCCUUUUCUAUCUCCCACCUGUUCUCUGAACUCUUGCUCCCGUGUCAUCCACCUGCCCCUAGAAUCCUCAAAGGAAAAAAAAAAGAUUCUUCACAGCCUGGAUGUCCUGUAAAGGUCAGCUAUAAUUAGAGACAGCGUCCUCUACUGGUUCGGAGGACUGUCUGGGUACUCAAACUAUGAGGAAUUAAGGAAAUAAUACAGAAUAUUAACAUUUUUGUAUAGAAGUUUAUUUUGAUGGGCAUUCAGAACAGUGAAUUAAGCAGGAAUGUAUCAAGACCUGAGCGUACUAUUGUAUUCUCCAUAACCAGUUUAUUUACCAAUGAGUCAGUCUGUGCUUCCAAUGACCACUACACCUGAACAAAUGAACUGACCUGACGCAAUUUAUUUCCAUUCACAUCCAUUUCCUAACACGUUGCACAAACACAAACUUUUGACUAAAUAUUUAGAUCCUUUAGCUGAUACAUACAGUAUAUCGUCCGAGAUGCAAUAAGUGCAGCAGUUUUGAAAUUUUUUAUUUUUUUUUAAAAGUGUAAUAGUUUGUGAAUAUUGGGGAGGGAAGGGGAAAGUUUUUAUGGUUCUAAAUGAAGAACACAGCAAUAAUGUUUUGACUUUUAUAUGGCACACAAACCUCACCCCAUUGCAGUACAACCGUACCAAAGCGUGGACCAAAGAUUAAACAUUCUGUUCAAUGUGUUGAGCAGAAGCAAAGGCAAUAUCGCCAUUGAUGACAAUAAGUACGUUUUCUACCAGUGUUAUAGUACACAGGAACUGUGUUUUUACCCUGUGGCAGCGAUGAACUAAUCACCUCAAUGAGAGGAGAAACUUGUGGUAGCUUGAUUGGCCUUUAAAGGUCAAAUUUUCACAAUAAGCUGGAAUGUUUUGUUGCUGUGUAUAACAAUGUACCAUAAUCAUCUGUUUACUAUUUGCAUAAUCUAAACCAAAUGACAUAUUAUAUUGGCUGGUUUAGAUGUUGUACCCAAAGGUUCCCUUUCAUCCUUUCAGCUUUUUGUUAAAGCUUUAGAUCUGUACCAUAGUAGCAAAAUAACCGUAGUAAUAUUGUAGAGAGAGGGAAGACAUCUUGAAUGUAGUUGUCUAGUAUUUCAUAUAAGAUUACAAUAACCCAAAUAUUAUUAAACCUAUUUCUAGACAUUUUCUACACAUUUGAAGGUUUAAAUUGUCUUAUACUGUUGGUAGAUAAUUAUGCUUCUUUCUAGACAUACUUAAAUGCUUAAAAUAUAUAUAUAUAUAUUUUUAAAAUGUGAAAUUAGUUAAAAAAAAUUCUCUC